AUGCUUGUAUUCAGUACCCAAGAUAACCUAUAUCAUCUAGCAGCAGCAGACACCAUCUACUGUGAUGGAACAUUCUAUGUUUGUCCAACACUGUUCUACCAGCUGUACACUUUCCACGCCAAAGUUGAUGGUACUAUGUUUCCACUGGUUUACAGUUUUCUACCCGGUAAAUAUCCGCAGAUGUACACUAGGCUACUUACUAUUAUUAAAGAUCUAUGUAAUCAAUUCAACAUCCUACUUCAACCAGACAAGAUGUUCCUCGACUAUGAAAUAGCCAUCAGAAAUGCAGCAACUUCAGUCUUCCCAGAUAUCAACAUCAAAGGGUGCUUUUUCCCCUACACUCAGUGUAUCUGGAGAAAUGCUCAGAAGCAUGGUCUGCAAACGGAAUACAAUGAAAAGGGAGACAUUCACCAACUUGUACGUAGAGCUGCAGUAUUGUCACUUUUACCACCCAAUACAAUUGAAGAUGUUUGGUUUAAUGCACUUGAAGACAGCGACGAUUCAGAUACUAUUAAACCAACACCUACCUUUACUGACUAUGUUACCAGCUACUGA